UUUUCCUGCUUUCCAUGCCACAAUCAUGAAACAGGUAAUGAUGAUGAUCUGAGGAACCGUGUUUGUCUCGUGUCUCAUCCAUGAAGAGAAGAAGAAGACGAAGACGAAUAAGAGAUUCAAAAUCUGAAGAGAAUCACGAUUUUUCGUGAUGGGUCUGUCCAAGGAGAAUCUGAAAGGUCUCAUACUGGCUUUGGUGUCAAGUGGGUUCAUUGGGGCAAGUUUCAUCAUUAAGAAGCAAGGUCUCAGAAGAGCUGCAGCUGCUUCUGGUGUCAGGGCUGGUUUUGGUGGGUAUUAUUAUCUCUUGGAGCCACUCUGGUGGGUGGGAAUGAUCACAAUGAUUGUAGGAGAGGUUGCAAAUUUUGUUGCAUAUGCGUUUGCCCCGGCGGUUCUAGUUACCCCUCUUGGCGCAUUAAGUAUUAUUGUGAGUGCUGUGUUGGCUGACAUUAUUCUGAAAGAGAAGCUACACCAUCUUGGGAUAUUGGGCUGUGUAAUGUGCAUUGCUGGUAGUAUCAUUAUUGUUAUUCAUGCCCCUAGGGAAUCACCCAUUAAUUCAGUUCUGCAAAUAUGGGAUAUGGCUACUCAACCUGCUUUUCUGGCAUAUGUGGGCUCAGUAAUAGUAUUGGUUUUCAUUCUGGUCUUCCAUUUUGCACCAAAAUGUGGGCAUACAAAUGUGCUAGUUUUUACUGGCAUUUGUUCGUUGAUGGGUUCCCUCUCUGUGAUGAGUGUUAAGGCCCUCGGGACUUCUUUGAAGUUAACUUUUGAAGGGAAAAAUCAGUUGAUCUACCCAGAGACAUGGUUUUUUAUGUUAGUUGUGGCUAUAUGUGUCAUCAUGCAAAUGAAUUAUCUUAAUAAGGCUCUUGACACCUUCAACACAGCAGUUGUAUCUCCUAUAUACUAUGUCAUGUUCACAACACUUACAAUACUAGCCAGUGUAAUAAUGUUUAAGGAUUGGGACGGCCAAAGUGGUGGAACUAUAGUAUCAGAAAUUUGUGGCUUCAUCGUUGUGCUCUCUGGAACAGUAUUGUUGCAUACAACCAAGGACUUUGAGAGAUGCCCUUCUUUUAGAGGUGCUGGCCCUUCCUCGCCUACGCUCUCUACCCGGCUUUAUACUGGAAAUGCAGACUUUUUACUUAAGCAAGAUGAGGAAAGUGGAUCACUUGACAGUAAUUUAUGCUCAAGAAGGCAAGAAUCCUAUUAGAUUGUUAAAGAUCUUAAUUCAUUUAGGUGUAGGGUGAAGGGUGAAGGGUGAAGGGUGAAGGGUGAAGGGUGAAGAAUCUGAAUGAGAAGAACAUCAGGUACCAAUGAAAGCAUAGAAUGAUGGGGGAUUUGUGAAGCCAUUCUUUUAUCCUCAUAGAUUUUAGUUUUGUGAAGCCUUGCAGGGUACAUAAUGUACAUCUUGUGUCAUGAAUGGUUUGGUUUUGUUCACUUCUUCCAAGUUACUAAUCUGCUACAAGUAGUCAUUAGAUUCAUAUCAGUAGUUUAUGUGAGACUCUCUUUACACGAACCAAGAAAGUGAGUGGGGAUAGAGAUAGGUUGUGAAAAUCUAUGUAUGGAGAUUUUUUAUUUGAUUUAUUUAUUUUGUAUGACAAUUUGGCUUACACUCUGGUUGUUAUUUGUGGCUUGUAAGUAAAGAAAAUGUACAGGGAGCUAAACAUUUUUCUUCAGAA